CAUCUUCAGCGCAUCAGUGGUGCUGAUGAGAGGGAUGCGAAUAGGCUACCACUUUAAUAACGUUGCCUGGAUCAGUGCAGGCCACGCCCCGUGCUUGUUAAAAGACCAGAGAGCUGCCAGUGAAGCAAAGCGCUCCGCAAGCUCAUGCUUCAAAAAUCGCUCCUCCUGCAUCUCUCGCUACAACAGCUGACCGACCGUCUGGAGCCGGAUCCGCUCGGGAAUAUUCUCACAUUUCAAUUCUAAAGAACUGCAUGGACAAAUUAGCAGAAACGUUAUAGUGACAUAUAUGUGUUUUUCUGGUCUAUUUGAAGUAAGAAAACUCUCCAACGUUUACAUAACCUAAUUUACAUUUUUAUUUUGAUCGAAACGGAUCUUAUUUCAAGCACAAAAGCUUGAAAUUAUCAUUCUUGCAAACGCUCAACUUGCCCAUCUAAAAAAAGAGUGUCUGCAUUGAUAUGCAUAUGAUAGAUAAGACUAAAUAGUUUAAGGGAAUAAGUAAGUUAUAGGUUUCCCCCAAAAAAUCCCCUUUGCCUUUUUUGAGGCACAUCCGAUUUCUUUCUCACAAUGGCCGAUGUUAGCGCAGAAUGUAACAUCAAGGUGCUAUGUCGCUUCCGUCCUCUAAAUCAGUCCGAAAUAAUUCGUGGAGACAAAUUCAUCCCCUCAUUCCAAGCUGAUGACACCGUCAGCAUAGCGGGGAAGUCCUAUGUGUUUGACCGGGUGUUCCCCACCAACACAACACAGGAACAGGUGUACAACACCUGCGCCAAGCAGAUAGUCAAAGAUGUUCUGGGGGGAUACAAUGGCACCAUAUUCGCCUACGGACAGACCUCCUCUGGAAAGACUCACACUAUGGAGGGCAAGCUUCAUGACCCACAUGGGAUGGGGAUCAUCCCCAGAAUUGCAGAGGACAUCUUCAAUCACAUAUUCGCCAUGGAUGAAAACCUGGAGUUCCACAUUAAGGUGUCCUAUUUUGAAAUUUACAUGGACAAAAUCCGGGACCUUCUGGAUGUGACGAAGACUAACCUGGCAGUACACGAGGACAAGCACAGGGUUCCCUAUGUGAAGGGCUGCACUGAGCGUUUUGUCUCCUGCCCAGAAGAGGUGAUGGAUGUUAUUGACGAGGGAAAAGCCAACCGCCAUGUAGCUGUCACCAAUAUGAAUGAACACAGCUCCAGGAGUCACAGUAUCUUCCUGAUCAACAUUAAACAGGAACACGUGGAGACAGAGCAGAAACUGUGUGGGAAGCUCUACCUAGUGGAUCUGGCUGGGAGUGAGAAGGUCAGUAAGACAGGAGCAGAGGGAGCUGUGUUGGAGGAAGCUAAGAACAUUAACAAGUCACUGUCUUCACUGGGCAACGUCAUCUCUGCUCUGGCCGAAGGAAAUAAGACCCAUGUCCCGUACCGUGACAGUAAGAUGACCCGUAUCCUGCAGGACUCUCUAGGGGGAAACUGUAGAACCACCAUGUUCAUCUGCUGCUCUCCAUCCAGCUACAAUGACCAGGAGACCAAGUCCACACUCAUGUUUGGACAACGAGCUAAGACAAUCAGGAACAAGGCCUCAGUCAACCUGGAGCUGACAGCAGAACAGUGGAAGAAGAAGUACGAGAAGGAGAAGGAGAAGAACAGGGUGAUGAAGGAGACGGUCCAGAGACUGGAGGCUGAGCUGAACCAAUGGAGAAACGGGGAGGCCUCCCACGGAACAGGUGAGGAGGUUCCCGAGCUGGAUCUGUUGAGUCCCGGGGCUGUGCCGGUUAAGUGUCUGAUAUCCAGAGAAGACAGUUCCUCUUCCAGUCUGAGUCGACUCCCCAGAGAAGACGGUUCCUCUUCCAGUCUGAGUCGACUCCCCAGAGAAGACAGUUCCUCUUCCAGUCUGAGUCGACUCCCCAGAGAAGACAGUUCCUCUUCCAGUCUGAGUCGACUCCCCAGAGAAGACAGUUCCUCUUCCAGUCUGAGUCGACUCCCCAGAGAAGACAGUUCCUCUUCCAUUGUGAUCAGGAUUUCAGAGGAGGAGAGACAGAAGUACGAGGAGGAAAUACGCAAACUCUACAAACAGCUGGAUGACAAGGACGAUGAGAUCAACCAGCAGAGUCAGCUGGUAGAGAAGCUGAAGGAACAGAUGCUGGACCAGGAAGAGCUCCUUGCCUCGUCCCGUGGGGACAGUGAGAAGGUGUCUGGGGACCUUGGCAGGCUGCAGAUGGAGAGUGAGGUUGCCAAGGCGGAGGUCAGGGAGGUUCUGCAGGCCUUGGAGGAGCUGGCUGUUAACUACGAUCAGAAGAGCCAGGAGGUGGAGGACAAGAGUCUGCAGAACAAACUACUGGCUGAGGAACUGGCCAAGAAAAUGGCCCACCUGAUGCGUAUCGAGGCGGACUUGUGUCGUCUACAGGAAGUGAGUGUUCAUCAGAGAAAACGCAUUGCUGAGGUUCUCAACGGCCUGAUGAGGGACCUUUCUGAGUUCAGCACUAUCGUGGGCAACAAGGACAUCAAACUGCCGAUGGAGAUAACGGGGGCGAUCGAGGAGGAGUUUACUGUAGCUCGUCUCUACAUCAGUAAGAUCAAGUCAGAGGUCAAGUCCAUGGUGAAACGCUGUCGUCAGUUAGAGAACCUUCAGAUGGAGUUUCAUAGGAAGAUGGAGGAGACUGGAAGAGAGCUGUCCUCUUGCCAACUGCUCAUCUCACAGCAUGAGGUGAAGAUCCGUUCCCUGACAGAGUACAUUCAGAACGUAGAGCAGAAGAAGAGCCAACUGGAGGAGAACGUUGACUCUCUGAGUGAAGAACUGGACAAACUGCAGGCUCAAGAGAGCAUGUCAACAGGGACAAAGGGAGAGAAUCAGACAGACGUUGAGGAGUCUGCUGAUGUCAAGAUGGAGGCUCACCGUGAGACCCACCACAAGCAGCUGGGACGUCUCAGAGACGACAUCAACGAGAAACAGAAGAUCAUUGACGACCUCACUGAUCAUAACUGUCGUCUUCAUCUGGAGUUGGAGCAUCUGAGGAGCGACUUUGACCGUCUCAUGAGACAGGAGCACCAGAAGAGUCUGCAACUGGAGGAGCUGACAUUUCUUCAUGAACGCCACGAGCAGUCUAAGCAGGACCUUAAAGGGCUGGAGGAGACUGUUGCUCGUGAACUCCAGACUCUCCACAACCUGCGGAAGCUUUUUGUUCAAGACCUCACGAUUCGAGUCAAAAGACAUUCAGAGAUGGAGCGAGAUGAUAGCGGGGGAUCUAGCCACCAAAAGCAGAAGAUUUCCUUCCUUGAGAACAACCUGGACCAGCUUACAACGGUUCACAAACAGUUGGUACGUGACAACGCAGACCUGCGUUGUGAGCUUCCGAAGCUUGAGAAGCGUCUUCGGUCUACGGCUGAGAGAGUGCGGGCGUUGGAGGGUGCACUGAAGGAGGCUAAGGAGGGGGCUAUGAAGGACCGGAGACGCUAUCAACAGGAAGUAGAGAGGAUCAAAGACGCUAUGAGGGUCAAGAACCCCCUACGCAGGCCGCACACCGCUCAGAUAGCCAAGCCGGUCCGUCCGGGCCAGUUCCCGCUCUGCUCUCCCACCAACCCCUGGGUCCGUAUUACUGAACAGCAACACUCCAUCCAUUUUAGUAAUGCCAUGUUCCAGAUGCCCAGUCUGACCCCCAGCCAGAUAGCCAGUCAUCAUGCUGCAUCCCCAGCAACAGCCCCUUACUUCAAACCCUCCCAGAGCAAGGACCAGUCCAACAAUCACAACUCCACUGAGUCCAACAUGCCCCAGACCAACAAGUCCAACAUGCCCCAGACCAACAAGUCCAACAUGCCCCAGACCAACAAGUCCAACAUGCCCCAGACCAACAAGUCCAACAUGCCCCAUACCAACAAGUCCAACAUGCCCCAGACCAACAAGCUGCCAGAUGAGCCAAUCAACAGCCCCAUAGAGGACAACAGCCCCACAGUGGACAACAGCCCCACAGAGGACAACAGCCCCACAGUGGACAACAGCCCCACAGAGGACAACAGCCCCACAGUGGACAACAGCCCCACAGAGGACAACAGCCCCACAGUGGACAACAGCCCCACAGUGGUCAACAACCCCACAGUGGACAACAGCCCCACAGUGGACAACAGCCCCACAGAGGACAACAGCCCCACAGAGGACAACAGCCCCACAGUGGACAACAGCCCCACAGUGGACAAUACUAUAGUGCAGAACACUACAGAGAAGGACACUACAUUGAAGUACACUACAUUGAAGGACAGUACAUUGAAGAACACUACAGAGAAGGACACUACAGAGAAGGACACUACAGAGAAGGACACUACAUUGAAGAACACUACAGAGAAGGACACUACAUUGAAGGACACUAGAGAGAAGGACACUACAUUGAAGAACACCACAGAGAAGAACACUACAGAGAAGGACACUACAGAGAAGGACACUACAUUGAAGAACACUAGAGAGAAGGACACUACAGAGAAGGACACUACAUUGAAGAACACUACAGAGAAGGACACUACAGAGAAGGACACUACAGAGAAGAACACUACAUUGAAGAACACUACAUUGAAGAACACUACAGAGAAGGACACUACAGAGAAGAACACUACAGAGAAGGACACUACAGAGAAGGACACUACAGAGAAGGACACUACAUUGAAGAACACUACAGAGAAGGACACUACAUUGAAGAACACUACAGAGAAGGACACUACAGAGAAGGACACUACAUUGAAGAACACUACAGAGAAGGACACUACAUUGAAGGACACUACAGAGAAGGACACUACAUUGAAGAACACUACAGAGAAGGACACUACAGAGAAGGACACUACAUUGAAGAACACUACAGAGAAGGACACUACAUUGAAGGACACCACAGAGAAGGACACUACAUUGAAGAACACUACAGAGAAGGACACUACAGAGAAGGACACUACAGAGAAGGACACUACAGAGAAGGACACUACAGAGAAGGACACUACAUUGAAGAACACUACAGAGAAGGACACUACAUUGAAGGACACCACAGAGAAGGACACUACAGAGAAGGACACUACAGAGAAGGACACUACAGAGAAGGACACUACAGAGAAGGACACUACAGAGAAGGACACUACAUUGAAGGACACUACAUUGAAGAUCACUACAGAGAAGGACACUACAGAGAAGGACACUACAGAGAAGGACACUACAGAGAAGGACACUACUGCCAGCUCUACAGGGACGCUGGAUGUGGACACCUUCAACGGGAACGCCACAGAUAUCAAUUACAACAGCUUGUCUCUGAGUGUCCACUCUGCUGCUGUGUCCAGGAGGGAUGUGCAGCACUGCGACAACCAGAACCAGAACAGCCCAGCCAGGCUGCACCACGUCAUCCAACCAGAACAGGCUACCAGCUAGUGACCCAGCUCCUCACGCGUCCGGUUCGGUUCUGCCAAGACCGCCCUCAUAAAUCUGCAUGCUGCUGAUCAGUGACCUUCUGAUCUCCCUCUCCUCCCCCUCUUUCCCAGUAAGACUGUCUCACUCCCUCUCCUCUCCCCUCUUUCCCAGUAAGACGGUCUCUCUCCCUCUCCUCUCCCCUCUUUCCCAGUAAGACGGUCUCUCUCCCUCUCCUCCCCCCUCUUUCCCAGUAAGACGGUCUCUCUCCCUCUCCUCUCCCCUCUUUCCCAGUAAGACGGUCUCUCUCCCUCUCCUCCCCCCUCUUUCCCAGUAAGACGGUCUCUCUCCCUCUCCUCUCCCCUCUUUCCCAGUAAGACCGUCUCUCUCCCUCUCCUGGCCCCUUUCCCAGUAAGACCAUCUCUCUCCCUCUCCUGGCCCCUCUUUCCCAUUAAGACCGUCCCUCUCUCCCUCUCCUCUCCCCUCUUUCCCAUUAAGACCGUCUCUCUCCCUCUCCUCUCCCCUCUUUCCCAGUAAGACUGUCUCUCUUCCUCUCCUCACCCCUCCUUCCCAGUAAGACGGUCUCUCUCCCUCUCCAGCCCCCUUUCCCAGUAAUACCGUCUCUCUCCCUCUCCUCUCCCCUCUUUCCCAGUAAGACUGUCUCUCUUUCUCUCCUCACCCCUCCUUCCCAGUAAGACCGUCUCUCUCCCUCUCCAGCCCCCUUUCCCAGUAAGACUGUCUCUCUCCCUCUUCCUCUCUCCGUAGAACUCUCUGUAGCCCUCCCCUCUCCCUCUCUCCCUCUCUCCCCCUCUCCCCCUCUCCCUCUCU